AUGGAUGACGAAGAGGUUGCGAUUUUUGCGUAUACUGCUUUGAAAAUUAUUCGCGAAAAAAAACGAGUGCAAAGAAAAUGGUGGGUGCACCCAAUUAAUAGUGAAAGAUUAUUGCAUGGUGAUUUUUACACUCUUUAUAGUAGAUUACGAGCUGAUGAUGUAAGUUUUUUUAAUUAUUUUCGUAUGUCUUUAACGUCAUUUGAUGAACUUUUUGCCAAAAUUAAACAUAAAAUCAUACGUCAAGAUACGAAUAUGAGAUCUGCGAUACCACCCGAAGAAAUGCUAGCUAUUACUCUGAGAUAUUUGGGAAGUUCAAACAACCUUCAUGAUUUACAUUAUGCGUAUAGAAUUGGACGAUCUACUUUAAGUAACAUAAUACGAACAGUUUGUCAACAAAUUUGGGAUGUUAUGUCAAACGAAUGUAUGCCUACACCGAAUGAAGAAGAUUGGAGAAAAAUAGCCGAAGGUUUUCAACAUCGAGCAAAUUUUCCGCACUGCCUGGGAGCAGUUGAUGGAAAGCACAUUCGGAUAACCAAGCCUCCAGGAAGUGCUUCGUUGUACUUCAAUUAUAAACAUUUUUAUUCCAUUGUUUUACUCGCAGUAGUCGAUUCAAAUUACCGUUUUACUUAUAUUCAUGUUGGUUCAUUUGGAAAAGACUCGGAUUCUAGUAUUUUUAAGAAUUCUAGUCUAUGGAAUAAAUUACAAAAUAAUUCAUUAAAUAUUCCAAGCCCAAACUUCAUACCCGGUAUUAAUAUUCCUAUUCCUUACGCAUUUGUAGGUGACGAGGCAUUUGGUUUAUCAACAAACGUGCUUAGGCCUUAUGCGGGAAAAUAUUUACAAGAUAUUAAAAGAACUUUUAACUAUAGAUUGUCUCGGGCAAGGCGUUACGUAGAAUGUUCAUUCGGAAUAUUAUCAAAUAAGUGGAGAAUAUUCCAUCGACCAAUUGAUGUUAAUGUGGAGUUUGCUAUUGAUAUUGUAAAAUGUUGUUGUGUGUUACAUAAUUUUGUACGUGAUCGUGAUGGUUUUAAAUUUGACGAUACUUUGACAAUUACAGGGAUGGAAGACCUUGAUUAUGAUAAUAAUUUAUACGUAAAUAGAUCAGUAAAUAGAUAUCGGGACGCUUUAGCUAAUUAUUUUGUGUCUGAAGACGGACAAAUACCUUGGCAAAAUGAAAAAAUUUAA